AUGGGCGACCGCGUGCUCGUGAUCGCGGACGCGGCGGAGUCGCAGACCAAGGGGGGGCUGUUCUUGGCCUCCAGCGGCAGCGCGGGCGGUCCCGGGAGCACGAUGACCGGUAAGGUUGCCUCCGUCGGUAGCGACGUGAAGGGGAUCAACAAAGGGGACGCCGUCAUGGUGAAUGGAUUCUCCGGCACGGAGGUCGAGUUCGAGGACGGGAGCAAGGGCAAGUUUGUGAACUCGGCGGACGUGCUCGCGGUGCUCUCGGCGUAG